AUGGCAGCAUACAGGGAAGAGCGUGACAGCAGUGAAGCCUCACAAAACAGUGCAUACUGUUAUAACUAUAUUUCUUUCUGCCUUUCAGGUGAUGGGGCGGCUGUUUUGUUACGAGCCUUACAGCCCGUGGAGAAUCUUGAAAUUAUGGACAAACUACGUACAAAGGGUAAAGAGGGCAACUCCUUACUGAAGAAAGAGGGUGUUGGGUUAUGUAACGGUCCUUCUAAAUUGUGCCAGGCUCUAGGAAUAAAGAAAGAUACAGUGAAUAAAGUUGAUCUGUGCCAUUCUAAUGAUAUUUGGCUAGAGAAAGGUGAAACAAUUGAUGAUAGCAGAAUAGUCAAAUGUAAAAGGAUUAAUAUAAAUUAUGCUGAAGAAUGGAAAGACAAGCCAUUGCGGUUUUAUAUUAAAGGAAAUAUUUUCAAUAGUGUAAAAGAUAAGAAAGCAGAGAGUGCCAUGAGUGGUUAAUUGUGCUUUAAUUUGACACAUUUAUUCUGUGAUAUUUUAAAGGUAGCUGUUAAAUAUGUUUAGUGUAUUUUGAUAUUCCAUAAAAUAAAAAAAUUUAGUAUUUCUAAAUACAAUGUAUGAAAUGGAAA